CCGCGUGCCUCCCCGUCUUAACGGACGCCGGCACGCUCGCGCCGCGUCUCCAUAGCGACGGCCUUCUCUCAGGGAGGACCCGGGCUGCCCCGUGGCGCCUGCCGCGCGUGGCUCUCUGCGAGCGGGAGCCACGGAUUGGUAUCUAAUGUUUGUGUAAGACAGAAGAAAAGGAUGUCAUUCCGUAAAGUAAACAUCAUCAUCUGGGUCCUGGCCAUUGUUCUCUUCUUACUGGUUUUGCACCAUAACUUCCUCAGCUUGAGUAGUUUGCUAAGGAAUGAAGUUUCAGAUUCAGGAAUUCUGGGGCUUCAGCCCAUAGACUUUGUCGCAGAUAUUCAUCAACAUUCAAUAAAUGGUAGACAAGAGGAGAUUCCCGUGGUCAUUGCUGCCUCUGAAGACAGGCUGGGUGGGACAAUUGCAGCCAUAAAUAGCAUUCAUCAUAACACUCGCUCCAAUGUGAUUUUUUACAUUGUUACGCUCAACAGUACAGAAGACCAUCUCAGGUCCUGGCUUAACAGUGUUUCCCUGAAAAGCAUCAGGUACAAAAUUGUAAAUUUUGACACUAAACUUUUGGAAGGGAAAGUAAAGGAGGAUCCUGACCAAGGGGAGUCCAUGAAACCAUUAACCUUUGCAAGGUUCUACUUGCCAAUUCUGGUUCCCAGUGCAAAGAAGGCCAUAUACAUGGAUGAUGAUGUCAUUGUACAAGGCGAUAUUCUUGCCUUGUACAAUACACCACUGAAACCAGGACAUGCUGCUGCAUUUUCAGAAGAUUGUGAUUCAACCUCUACUAAAGUUAUCAUCCGUGGUGCAGGGAACCAGUACAAUUAUAUUGGCUAUCUUGACUAUAAAAAGGAAAAAAUUCGUAAGCUUUCUAUGAAAGCCAGCACCUGCUCCUUUAAUCCUGGAGUUUUUGUUGCAAACUUGACUGAAUGGAAAAGACAGAAUGUAACUAACCAGCUGGAAAAAUGGAUGAAGCUUAAUGUAGAAGAGGGAGUCUACAGCAGAACACUGGCUGGUAGCAUCACCACACCUCCACUGCUUAUUGUAUUUUACCAACAACACUCCACCAUUGACCCAAUGUGGAAUGUCCGCCACCUUGGUUCCAGUGCUGGAAAACGGUAUUCACCCCAAUUUGUAAAGGCUGCCAAAUUACUUCACUGGAAUGGUCACUUCAAGCCUUGGGGAAGAGCUGCUUCAUAUGCUGAUGUUUGGGAAAAAUGGUAUGUUCCAGACCCAACAGGCAAAUUCAGUUUAAUCCGAAGACAUAUGGAUACCUCAAACAUAAAGUGAACUACAAUUAAGCUAAAUGCAGCACUCAGGAAAUCCUGAAAGACACAUGUGGGAAGUUAACAGUGUUAAGGCUUGAGUCUCUAUAGCAACCUACAGAAAAGGGGAUGCUUCAGCUGGGUAGAGAUCACAAAUUGCUUCUGUGGCAUCCAGCUUCCCAGAUGACUAUGUCUCCGUCUGCCUUACCAAAUGUGUGCUUAACUAUAAUAUUGCUGCUGAAGGAUGGACCAUUACUAGUUCCAUUAACUGCUGUAGUUAGGAGGAAUUGCAGCUUGGUUUUUUUAACUUGUGGCCCAGUAAGUGAAAUCUACAUUUUUUAAAAUAAAUCUUUGCUUCCAGACAACUAAUCCUCUUCCCUAUACUGUAAUAGUGUAAACACUGCUUCUCUCCCAGAGUUCAGUUUCCAGCAUAUCCAGGAGAUCCAAUGCAUUCUAGAAUUCCCACCCUAUCUACUCACCCACUCACACACAUUCUUUUGAGAUAGGAUUUCUGUGUAGCUGUCCUGGACUUUGUCUGCAGACCAGGCUGGAAUCCAACUCAGAUUUUAUCUGCCUUUGCCUACCAAGGGCCAGAAUUAAAGGUGUGUACCACCAUGCCUGGCCAUAAAUAAAUCUUAAACACAAAUGCAUGUAAGCACUUUGUAGUUUGUUUUUAAUGUAUAUUAUAUAACAUGAUACAUAUUCACAAGAUUUAUAGUUUGUGUCAUGCCAAUCUGGGACAGUGUACACAAAACAUUUUAGUAUCUGUAGCAGUUAUACAUAAUCUGUUUUAAAGUCAUAGGCAUCACCCUCUUGACUCAUUUCAGCCAAAGUAACUGAUCCGUCAGAUGGUUUAUCUGUAUAGGAGAAAA